AGAGAUGAUUUGGAUUUGGUGUAUUUAUUUUGAUUUUUGAGAGGAAAACUGAUGGGUUUGAGAAAAGAAUUACGUAGAGAUGAAUACGAUGAUAAUCGUUAUGAUAAGGACGAUCAAAAUCAGCCCUUUUUGCGUCCACCCUCAACCUGAUCGGAACCAAUCAGGGCCGUUGCUUCGACUGACCAUCCCCUCAUCAAAGUUCAGCCUUCAUUUUAAAUACCCUUUUUCGGGAAUCGUAGUUCUUCUUGUUGUUCUUCUUCUUCUAGUUCUGCCAAACCGAAGGGGCCUGCAAGAAAACGAGGGAAAAAUCUCUUUGAAGUUCCAAGAUUUGAGAAUAAACGAAAGAUUGACCAACGAAUUGAGUUCUCUUACUGGGUAGCUUUUUCUUUUUCCACUUCUCUUUGUUCCUUUGGUAUCAAAUAUCAGRAAGAAGCCAUAAAGUGGACAAUCUUUCUUCCUGGGUUCGUAAAGAUCGUGGGUUUUGAGGAAUGCGUAUAGAAGAUGCUGAUGAUCAUGAAAUUGGGGAUUCAAGAUCAAUCCCGAUAUCGCCGCGAGCACACCAAUGGCUGACGAAUUUCCAUCGUGAUUUGUUGGCGGGAGCCGUCAUGGGCGGCCUCGUACACACAAUCGUUGCCCCAAUUGAGAGGGCGAAGCUUCUGUUACAGACCCAAGAGAGCAAUCUGGCCAUUGUUGGAGUUGGGCGAAGAAGAUUCAAGGGUAUGUUUGAUUGUAUCUUUCGCACGGUUAGGGAAGAAGGCAUUCUUUCGCUGUGGAGAGGCAAUGGAAGCAGUGUUAUUCGUUAUUAUCCCUCAGUUGCCCUAAAUUUUUCUCUCAAGGAUUUGUAUAGAGACUUGUUGAGGAAUGGCUUCGGAGAUGGACAUUUUCUUUCUGGUCCACCGUCCAAUUUUAUUGCUGGGGCUGCUGCUGGUUGUUCAACACUGAUUUUGAUAUACCCUCUCGAUAUCGCUCACACUCGUCUUGCUGCUGACAUUGGAAGAACUGAUGUCCGUCAGUUUCGAGGUAUCUAUCAUUUCCUUGCUACCAUACGCGAAAAGGAUGGUAUUCGAGGGAUUUACAGGGGCCUUCCAGCCUCGCUACAAGGAAUGGUCGUGCACCGAGGUCUUUAUUUCGGUGGUUUUGACACAAUGAAAGAGAUUUUGGCAGCACAGUCUAAAUCAGAGUUGGYGCUAUGGAAGCGCUGGGGAGUGGCUCAAGUGGUCACGACCUCAGCCGGGUUGUUGUCAUAUCCAUUCGAUACGGUUAGGAGACGGAUGAUGAUGCAAUCUGGGUUAGAUAAGCCAAUGUACACUAGCACCCUGGAGUGCUGGAAGAAGAUUUAUAGGAUGGAGGGGGUUAGCUCUUUCUACCGAGGGGCGGUUUCGAACAUGUUUAGGAGUACUGGUGCAGCUGCGAUACUAGUUUUGUACGACGAGGUGAAGAAGUUCAUGAAAUGGGGUGGAUUGUAGAAGAAAACUGUUUGUUUGACAUUGAUGACAACUUUGUAGACRUUAGAAAUUAGCAUGAACUGGAAAACAAAAAACUGCAACCAGAAAAAUUCGUAGAGAGUGAGUGCAGAAAUGAGCUUGAUCUCGAUCUCGAGCUCGAUAUCGUUACUGUAAAAUGUUCUAAACCAUUCAUUCGCCUCGUUCGCUCUYGAGGCCAUCACUCRAACAUCAAUUUUUUUUGUUAUAUGUCAAAAGAAUAACAACAUCAGCCACAGAAAACAACAAUAAAAGAACAGAUUCUGUUAUGGAAAGAAAAA